AUGACUGAUCUACACGGAGACCCACAUUAUGCAACAGGUAUUCGCCAGUGCCGCAAACGGAGCCUGCACGCACUGCAGGACCAAACGUUUGGCUUGAUGGGCUGCGACCCUCCAAUCGCUUUGGGCUGGUCUGCAGCAUCUGCUGCACAAGCAACGGAGCAGCCCAAGGAGUUUCUCCUCUACACCGGCGACUUCUCCAGGCAUACGAUGGGUCUGAUGCCCAAUACUCGCGCAAGUGUAUCAAACAUCAUUGGAGACGUGGCAUCCGUUUUCAAGGCGCACUUCCCCAAAAUCCCGCUCGUUAUGGGUGCUCUGGGAAAUGACGAUGGGCCACAGAACUACUUCCAGACGAUAACGUCCGACGAGCCUGCCAAUGACUGGUUUGUCCUUGUAGGCGCGAAGUUGAAUUCCAGCUGGUCGAUGACUUCAGAUGCUGUCAAGCAAUACAGCUAUGGCGGUUACUUUGAGGCCCGUGUUGGCAACCUAACACUCCUGAGCAUUGCUACGGUGAUUUACUCUGUGCGACAUCGACCAACACAGCUGGAGGAAGACCCUUUCAGUCAAUUCGCCUGGUUGUCCAGCAGGCUCAAGGAAGCUGCACAUGAAGGCCGCAGUGUCUGGAUUGUGGGCCACAUACCACCGGGUAUUGAAACAUUCGGCUACACGGAGCUGUGGCAUCCCAUGUAUCUCUCGAGAUACUUAGAGAUUGUCCAAGACAGUCUGCUCGGAAGUGUGAUUGCGGCGCAGCUCUUCGGCCACGUCCACAAGGAUGAGUUUAGGAUACUGCCAAAUCCCCCGCCGGGUGCGGGGCCCAUCCUCUUGUCGUCAGCAUUAAGCCCCGUUUACUACAACAACCCUGCCUUUAAGGUUGUGAAAUAUUGCAAAUCGACAGGCAAGCUUCUGGAUUUUGAGACGUUCUUUUCAAAGGUAGCCGAGCAGCUUGAUUGGCAGUCGGGGUACUGUCUUAAUUCCACAUUUCCGGGUUUCGGAGCUGGUGGGCUCGUCAUGGAAGACUUUCUUCGUCUCCGCGACAAGCUCCUGCUAGGGCUGGAAGACUUUGAGAAGUAUGCAAAGUGGUAUACAUCGGACUAUCCCGCGGAUCUGAGUCACUUGGCAUGCAAAGACGAUGACACUGUGGAUUCAGCGCGGAGUAAGCUGCUGCGCCGACACCAAUAUGGUUGCGGGUUGAUGAUGCAAAACCAGGAGGACUACCAGCGAUGCUUCGACCGUGCAAUUGCUUCGACCAGCACUCAACACCAUGCUGCUCAGCCCUUGUUCAGGGUGUCUCGCUUGCUGGAGAGUAUCCCGAAAGAGUUCGAAGACAUUGAGACUUUUCGCUUGAGCAAGCUAUUGCGUUGGGCUGAAGUGGCCAAGACGCAGCAAGCACUGGAAGUAUUGAACUUAGCAUAUCGCAGCCUUUGGGAGGAACUUCUGCAGAAAUUUGGUCCGGCUGUUGAAAGAGCCUUGGAGACCGGAGGCUCUUUAGAUUCGGAGAUUAGUGGUCUGAGCCGAUAG